UUCAAAUAUCCCCAUACCUCGCGCGAAACGAACGCCUCACGGACACAAAUCAUGCAGCCCUCCCAUCUCGCAACCCCACUAGCUACAAUCGAGCAGCUCGAAACCUCAGGAUCCCAGCUCGACGGCAUCCCAGCCGAUCUCGAAGACUCCGUUCGCUUCGCAGGAGCUAGGCUUACGCAGGCUGCCGGCAUUUUGCUGCGGCUGCCGCAAGAGAUUGUUGCGCAGGCGAUUGUAGUGUUCACAAGGUUUUUUUUGGGACCAGAGGGGGGGAGCUUGGCCGAAUAUGACACGAAGAACAUUUCCGCAAGCUCGUUGUAUAUUAUUGCAAAGAUGUCAGCGUGGCCGAAGUCGCCACGGAACGUAAUCAAUGUCUAUACCUACCUCGAUUCGUUAUCGUCGACCUUCAUCGAUAUCGAAGAGCUAGAGAGAAAGCAUGAUGCAGAGGAAUACUACGUCUCUGAGGGGACGUUUCAGUCUCAGAAGGCACAAUUAUUUGCAAUCGAGCCACACAUUUUAAGGGUUCUGGGCUUCCAAUUACAUGUGUCCCUACCCUAUACGCUCUGCAUCACUUAUCUCCAAGCCCUUGAUGUCUUUAACCAGCCAAGAGCCUCUGAGCUAGCAAAGAGAGCUAUUGCAAGGCUGAACGAUGCGUUGUUGAGCCCACAGCUUCUAUAUUUAACGCAUCAAUCCCCAUGUCUAGCGACUGCGGCGAUAUACCUAGCAGCAAAGGAAGUGGGCGUGAAGUUGCCGGAUGUAGAGUGGUGGGAGGUAUUUGAUACGGAUAGGGAAGAGCUAGGAUUCUUGGUGGUGGGUAUGUUGAGUGUAGCGAAUUUCGCGCUUGAAGAGAAAGGGAAGUGGGGAAAGAGAAAGGUUCCGAUGACAGUUGAGGAGUUGGAGGUGGAGUUGGAGAGUAGAAGGGCUUCGAAUAGCGAAGAAUGAGCUUAAAUGAGACGUAGCGUUCUAUUCGGG